UUUUACGAUCUGCUUUACGGAUUGGACACGAAAGCAUCUGAAAUCCAGGAAUCUGACUUUCCCUCACCACUUCUCCGCAGUAUGCUAUCAGAGGACAUUACGCUGAUUGUCAAAUCACCCAAUGACAAAACUCCAAAUCAUGUAGUGUCUUGCCAGCUUUCGUGGACGGUGAGAGAGCUGAAGGCGCAUCUUUGCUCUACUCACCCGAGUCAUCCAGAGCCGGCGUCACAGAGGCUAAUUCACGCCGGAAAGUUGAUGCUAGAUGAUUCCAAAUUGGCAACAGUUUUCAAAGAAAGGUACUCUGGAACUCCAACAAUUCAUCUGAUCUCCCGUUCUUCGAAGGCUACUGCGACGAAACCUGUAGCUGAUCAAAUUCACGGAGCUGACCUGAGUGGUAUUUCGCCCGAAGAUCUCCAGAAAUAUCAACGUGAAUAUUACGAAUACUUGCGUCAGUUCUACCUUCAAAACCCAAAUCUCACUUCAUCCAUUUGUCCAACUGAAUCAUCUUGGCCAUAUGCGACUGCCUCCUAUCAGCAUCCUGGUUGCUGGCCAUUCGUUAACUACUGGCCGAAUCCAGUGUCACAGGUUGGUCUAUAUGGAUAUGGAAACCCUCCCAGCUCUUCUCUACCUCCCAGUUUUACUGGUUUGCCACCCACAACACAACCGCAUACAGAAAACGUUAGUCCGAACGCUGAAGACGGAGGUCCGUGGGUUCGUGGUGCGCGAGCAGUUUUGCGCGGAUUAGGUGUGGACAAUAAUGUCGGGGAACGAGAAGUCUUGGAUGGAAAUCAACCAGCUGACGCACGACCUCAGCAUCCACCGCCAGCGGUGCUUGGCAAUCCGAUGGGUGCUGCCUUUGCAGGUGCUGAAGAGAUGGGCGAGAAUGCAGGCAAUAUGGAUAUUGUCGAUCGAUUCUAUCUACUGUUCCGUCUCUGUCUCUUCAUUGGCUUGUGCUUCGCCUAUUCCUCCUUGGACAAGGCUAUCAUAGUAUUCUCCGUGGCGGCAUACGUUUAUUUCUACAAUGUAUACCGCCGCCAUGUGGCAUUACGUCGUGCCAUUAUCCAAGCCCAGCAACAACCUGUGGAACAUCCAAACGCGGUUCUUGAAGCAGGAAAUCCGAAUGAGUCUAACGGAGAAGUCCAUGCGGAUCUCGGAGCACCGCAAGUGAUUUCAAACAAUGGCACUGAUAUACAAGGACAUCAAGAAGCCUCAGUUCCAAGGCAACCGAAUUCCACUACUUCUGAGUCUGCACCUACCGCGGCACAACCGAGACAGAGAUUCACCAGGAUCACCAGCGCACUGCGCCUGUUUGUAACCGUUUUAUAUCAGUUCGUUUCUUCGCUUAUCACUUCUUUGAUCCCGGAGCAGCCGCUUCCAAUGCGCCUUGAUUGAGAAUUUGGCGACCAUAACCUGCUCUAUCCAGUUCGCCAACCUGCAUACCCCAUUUAGCCUUAUUUUCCUGUAACUUUAUUGGCUCUUCUGAAUUACAAGUCUUCCCUUUUAUCGUCUCCACUUACGAGAUAACAAACGUGACCACAUUGCAAUGUUGUUUCACAUCACCAUUGGGUGAUAUCUCUCACUCAGUUGUCUCCUGUGCCUUGAGUGUGUGUACUCUGCUCACACACACACACAUCCAGUCACUUUCAGAUAAUCACGUCUCCGGCUUUUCCGACUUUGUUCCAAGUUCUCUUUGCCCCUACAUACAUUACUUCAAUUUGGGUGCAUGAAAACUGUGAUCAUUCGCUUUCAGACCCUUAUUUGAACUCGCAAGCAAAAAUGGACCAUCACAUUAUUUCCCGUUGUGUUGGGUUUUUUCCUUACACUUAUUUUUCGCCUUAGUUUUGUUAUCGGCUCUUUUCGAUCUCACAAAGUCGAUACUGCUUUUUAGGUUAUUGUUUCAUGUAACCACAAAACAGUUCGGAUUAAGCGAGCUGUACGAGACGUGAAUACCGAGUACUACGGACUGGACUAUACGCACAAUACGAGUAGAAGGAUAAGAAAAAAUCCUUACGAUAAAGCUCACAGUUUAGUUUCCAAA